CUCACAACACAUACCAUACCAUACCAUGAUGUCACACCACUCCUCUCAGAAUCAGAUGCGCGCUCUUCCUUGCAUCUCGUGCCACUCCAGCUAAUUUAUGACCUGUGCUGAGCUUUGGAGCAGCUAGUAAUUAAGCCUAGAGCGCUAGCAGUCCUUUUGGAUUUCGGUUCGGAAGCAAGGCGUGCCGGACUCCCAAAUCCCAAUCCCAAGCAAGCAGUGUGCAGAUGGCAACGCAGUGGUUCUCCAACAUGGUGAUGGACGAGCCGAGCUUUUUCCACCAGUGGCAGUCCGACACGCUGCUGGAGCAGUACACGGAGCAGCAGAUCGCGGUGGCGUUCGGCCAGGGGGAGCCGGUGGACCACGCCGUGGCGGCGGCCCUGGCGACGGCGAUGCCCAUGCAGCUGCAGCAGCCCGCGGCGGCCGAGCAGCCGCACCACCGCCCGCGCAAGGCGGCCAAGGUCAACACCAGCUGGGACUCGUGCAUCACGGAGCAGGGCUCCCCCGCCGCGGACUCCUCCUCGCCGACCAUCCUCUCCUUCGGCGGCCACACCGCGUUCGCCAAGGCGGAGCCGACGACGCACCAGCCGCCCAGCUGCGCCGGGUACUACGGCGCCGCCGCCGCCGCCGCGAAGGCGCCGAAGCAGGAGAUGAUGGACGCCGCCGCGAUGCCGCCGUUCCAGCAGGCGCGCCCGGCCAAGCGUUCCUACGACGACAUGGCCGCGGUGGCCGAGGCCGCCAACGCGCCGUCCGCCAACACGCGCCCGGCCUCCCAGAACCAGGACCACAUCUUGGCCGAGCGGAAGCGCCGCGAGAAGCUCAGCCAGCGCUUCAUCGCCCUCUCCAAGAUCGUCCCUGGCCUCAAGAAGAUGGACAAGGCAUCGGUGCUCGGCGACGCGAUCAAGUACGUGAAGCAGCUGCAGGACCAGGUGAAGGGGCUGGAGGACGACGCCCGGCGGCGCCCGGUCGAGGCGGCGGUGCUGGUCAAGAAGUCCCAGCUGUCGGCCGACGACGACGAGGGCUCCUCCUGCGACGAGAACUUCGUUGCCACCGAGGCUUCCGGCACUCUGCCGGAGAUCGAGGCCCGGGUGUCGGACCGCACAGUGCUGGUCAGGAUCCACUGCGAGAACCGCAAGGGGGUGCUCAUCGCCGCCCUCUCUGAGGUCGAGCGCCUUGGCCUCUCCAUCAUGAACACCAAUGUGCUCCCCUUCACAGCCUCCUCCCUCGACAUCACCAUCAUGGCCAUGGCUGGUGACGACUUCUGCUGGUCUGUCAAGGAUAUUGUCAAGAAGCUAAAUCAAGCGUUCAAAUCAUCCUUCUGAUGGGUUUAGCUUCUGACCAAACUUAAUCUAGGCCAACCUUUUUUUCCAUUAGCCUUAAGGAUUUGAGGCUAAUGGUAAUGUUUUCAGGUUCUUCCUUGCCUUGCUUCCGAAGAGAGUUGCUUGCUGUCCCCCAACAGUGCCCCCCCAAAGAUAGCCAUUUCCACUGUUUUUUGCUGCAUGGGUGCAGAGGUUUAUUACCUAGUUACCCAACAUCCUAUUUUCUCUCCCUCCAGUUUUUUACAUGGUUUGAUCCUGUCACUCCAUGUUUUUGGGAGGGAGCAGAUUGUAAAAAAAAACAAAAAAAGUGACCAGCCUUUUUCUAGGGCUUUGCUAUAUAGGCCGGGGAGCUCCUAAUUUUCCUCUCUCCCCUUUGCCAGUAUGUUUGCCCUUUCACCUUGUUUUUCCAUGAGAGGAUUGUGUUUGUCAAACACACAAAAAAAACCCUACCUUUGCCGUCCUCUCAAUCUUGAUCACACUGCUCCCAGGAAAGCUUCAAUUGUGGAGAAAAUGGCGCCAUCUUUUUUUCAGCUCUGAGGGGGACUUUGCAAGCCUUGAUUUGGAAGUACUGUAGGGGUGCCACUUCCUUUUUUUUUUGAGGGUCCUACAGGUUGGCCACCACUUGAUGGACCCUUUGCUUAUAGUUCCACAUGUGAGCUUUGUUGUCACAGGAUCAAUGUGUAGUUGUUGCUGUUUACUCUCACACAAGCAUAAAAAUAAAUAAAUGUGCUAGUUUGUUACC